CGAACUGUCAAGUCUCAUUGUUAUGAACCGGGUGCCAAAAAAUCAGUUCCUUGCCUGACUUUGUUUUUUGUAUACCAAAUUUAAGUUACUGCAGCUAGAUAGAGCAAAUAAAUUAAGUCAUAUUUCCACACGCAAGUGAAUCUUGGACAUGGAGGCCGACGAGGAGGAUCUCUUCCUGGACAAUGAGACAGCGGAGAUUGAGCGUUUGAAGCUACCCGAAGAGGACAAGAAACCUACCGAUCCCGAGGAGGAGGACGAAAGAGUAGCACGCAUCGACUUCCUUUGCUCCGGAUGUGAAAUGCACGAAAUGGUUCACUAUUUCGGAAGGAAACCACCCUUUUCCCUGGGAAUCAAGUAUCCGGAGGAUAACUACGUGAUGCGGGAUCCGUUUCAGCCACCUCCACCUCGCUGGCAGACGAAAGCCGAGUACUAUAUCUCACUGGGGGCCAAGUGCUCCAUCUGCUCAAAGACGGUGUGCAAGGAUCCGGGUUGCAGCUUUUACUACACGGCCACCUUUUGUUUGCCAUGCGGCCAGGAAAAGCUCAAAAACUGGCCAGCUGAGGCCCAAGCUCGUCUUCGAAAGCAGUUGGCAGUCAGUAAGGGGGACAAAAAAUAGGCUAAGAAGUACAAAUAUUUAAUUACUUUGCUUAUAAUAUAUAGUUUUGUAAUCAUUAUGGUUCUGUGCACGUAGAAAA